UGGUAAAGAAGCUAAUUUAUCAUUUCAUGUCUCACAAAAAGUGCAUCAUAUUUCCCACGCUAAAGUGUGUUGUUGUUACAUGAUUUUCAAGCCAAGAGAAUUUGAUGUUAACGUGCCUGCAAUAAAAGGUAUUUAUAUAAUCUUGGUUAAGCCACAGGAAAAGCAAUCAGAAGCAUUCUAUUUCCGAAGCCUACUAGUUGUCCUUUGUCCUUUCUGGGUUUGCAGAAUUUCUUACAACCCUGUAUCAAACAAGGCAUCUUUGAUUCUUCUCUCUCACACUUCUUUUGGCACUUCAUGCUUCAACUCUGACUUAGCUCCUUGCCUUCAAUAUACCAGACAUGCAAUUUUAUUGAGCCCUGAAUAAUAUAAUCCAUAAGACAGAAGAAAGUGAAGAGGCAUGGCAUCCCUCAUUCCUGGAGUUCUACUGAAGCUUCUCCAAAGUAUGGAUUCUGAUGUGAAAGUUAAUGGGGAAUAUAGAUCAGUCCUUCUGCAAGUGAUCAGCAUUGUGCCUGCAAUAACCGGGUCUGAAUUAUGGCCUAACCAAGGUUUCUUCUUGAAAGUCUCUGACUCUUCUCAUUCAACUUAUGUCUCACUCUCAAAGGAAGACAACGAGCUUAUCUUGAAUAACAAGUUGCAGCUUGGUCAAUUCUUUUAUGUGGACAGGAUAGAGGCUGGAACACCAGUCCCUAUUCUUGUUGAUGUUAGACCGGUCCCUGGCCGGCACCCUUUUAUUGGAAAUCCUAAGGAUUUAAUGCAACUGUUAGAGCCAUCAGAGGGUCCAGUGCAAUCUGAUCAUAAUCAUAGAGUUAAUCGCUCGAAAUCCAUGAAUUCAACAAAAUCCAAAGAGAGCAAAAGUCCAAGGCAGAAGAUUGUUAUUAAAGAGGAAAAAGCUGCCGUUGCAUCCAGGUACAUGCGAGGUGUUAGAAGUCCAACCUCAAAUGUGAAUGUGCAAGAUGCUAAUGAAGAAAGAAAAGGAAAUGAUUUUGAGAAUGGUGUAGAUAGUAAGAAGGUGGCAUCUGCAAAAGUAAAACUUAAGAAAUUACAGACACUCUCAGUGAAUACAACUCGUAGUCUACAACUUGAAAUACCUUCACCAAGGCAAAGGGUUGCUCAAUCUAACAUCCAGGAGAAUGUCAUGUCACCUAAGCGCAUAUCUGCCAAACGUAAUUCUACUAAACAGGAAACUACAAACUUGAAUGUUUUGUCCAGCAGUGAAGAUAAAAGCUAUAGCACAGAGGCAAUUCCAUGGUCCUCUUUGCCAGCCAGCCUUCUGAGGCCUGGAAAGGAAUUGCUUAGAAGGAAACAUCUAGCCUCACAGGUUGCUGUUGAAGCUCAAAGAGAAGUUACUGCUACUGCAGUCCUUGUCAAGUUUUUGAGUAUGUUUGCCAACAUCUGCGCUUCAGCUGCAUCAGAGAACCCUCAUGGCACACUGAAUAAGUUUUUUUCCUUCCAAGAACUCAUGGACCAGUCAAAUUUUACAAGUACAACUCCACACAAAGAUAAAUCACUUCAACUAUAUAAAUUUUCUUCUCCUACAGAAACAGACAAAACUGACAAGAAAUCAGAUUUAGUGCCCGGUAAAAGUUCAUCAAAGUCUCCAAAAUACUCACCUGAAUUAUCCGAGGCUGAGAAACAAGAAUGGGUAACAGGAAAUGGUCUAAAAGAGAUAAAUGAGCUGAGAGAAGCCCUUUUGAUUGAAACAAGAUCAUGGUUUUUGAAAUACUUGGAAAAAACAUUGGAUGUCUGGUUUUCCACAAGCUCCCGAGACAAGAGGGGGAAGAUGAGUAAGGACAGUGCAGGGAGGCAAAUGGAACAUGCCAAUAAUAUAGCUCUCACCUUGUCACACCUUAAGCAAGCAAAUGAAUGGUUGGAAAAACUGAGAAGCACUUCAAACUUGGAAAAUGAUGAGCUGGUGGAAACUGUUGACAGAUUGAAGCAAAAAGUUUAUUCUUGUUUGCUUCUACAUGUUGACUCUGCUGCAUUUGCUUUGGAAAACCGAGCUUGAUUCUAGGACAGUGAUAUGUUUUAAAGCAAUAUAUUCUAUUUAAUGUUGUUUAUAAGUUAAAUUAUCUUAUUUGGUUGAACCAGGCAUGGCUAAUGGAAGCUUGGCCGGCUGCUAUUCAAAAUGUAAUGUGAUAUCAUAUCAUAUAUGGCCAAUGGAAGCUUGGCCGGCUGCUAUUCAAAAUGUAAUGUGAUAUCAUAUCAUAUAUGUAUACCAUCUGUGGCAAGAAUAAGAAAGACUAUAUUGAAGUUAA